AAUAAGCCAAUUAGAUGCCCCUUUACUGGUGAAUACAAAAGCAUGUUGUCUGUGGAUUGAUGGAUGUUCUGCUGAGCUGGCAGUUUCUAAGCAAUGAAGAUCAAUCAAUCCACAUGGAAUACAUAAUUUGUGGCCAUAGUUCAGUGAUGGAGAGGAUGGCACUGCAUUUCUGCCCUCAUUGUGGUAUCCGGCUGCAACCAGACUUCAGAUUCUGCCCAUCAUGUGGAAUGAAACUGUCAGGAGAUAUUGAUCCUGGAAGUCAUGGAUCUGCGGCAUACACAGACAACAAUGCUAAAAUGGAUGAUAUGAAAAAGUUUGAACCCUGCUCACCUCAGAUACACUCACCAGUGAGGAUGACUCGUCAGACUGCUCACAAUGUUCAAAGCCACCCUGCAACUCCUCCAUCUACAGAUAUGAAAAAGUUUGAACCCUGCUCACCUCAGAUACACUCACCAGUGAGGAUGACUCGUCAGACUGCUCACAAUGUUCAAAGCCACCCUGCAACUCCUCCAUCUACAGGUGAGAGAGGUUUUGCAUUGCCUCGUAAACGUAAGGUGAUUGUUCAAGAGGAUUCAGAAAUAUGCUCUGGUUCUCUACUGAAUAUCUCCCCUCAAACAUCUUCUGCAGUCAAAGGGAAAAAUGCAAAGAUCAUGUGUGUGGUACAUCCUCUUCAGGAAGGAGUGGAACUAAAUGAUCAAUCAGGGGUGAAAUGGAAACUUUUGAAAUUACUGAGUCAGAGUGACAAUGAGAUCAUAUAUAAAGUGAUGUUGAAUGGAUCAGUCCCUAGCUGCCUUGAUCUGAACUACAUUCUGAGACUGGCAGCCAAAGACGGACAAAUCUUCACUGAACAGAACUUUCUACAGAGAGCAGCCAAAACAGUCACAGUCGAAAAAUGGGUAAAGCGCAUGAAGUUGGACUACAUAGGCAUGCCCACUUGUUUGGGGUUUGGUCUCCAUGAGAAUUAUAGAUUUUUGGUGUUUGAAGACAUGGGACAGAAUCUUCACUCAAUAAUACAAAGUGAGACCAAACCUUUGUCACAGAAAGUAGUCCUCAUGCUUGCCUGUCGAAUACUGGAUGUACUAGAGUUUGUCCAUGUGAAUGAGUACACACAUGCCGACUUACAUGCUGAAAACAUCUACAUCAACUCGGGCAGUCACCCGAAGGUGACUUUGUCUGGCUUUGGUCGAGCAUUCCGGUUUUGUCCGGGUGGGAAACAUGUUGAAUAUCGGGAAGGUAGCAGAGCACCGCACCUCGGCCACCAUGAUUUCAUCAGCCUUGAUGUCCACCUUGGUGCAGCGCCAUCAAGGCGAAGUGAUUUGCAGUCACUUGGUUACUGUCUAAUCCACUGGAUGACAGGAGCGCUUCCAUGGAGUUCCACAACUCACAAGCCCAAUGAUAUUGCUGCAGAGAAACAGAGGUGCUUAAAAGAUCUCCCUCAUCUUCUGCAUCAGUGUUUUGGAACAGAAAAGGUGCCAGGAGCAUUACAGGAGUACCUGUGUCAGGUGAUGAACCUUAAGUACUCAGAGACACCGGACUACACUCAACUGAAGGUUGGGCUUAGGAAUGGAUUGCAGCAAAUGGGAGUAGCUUUAGAGGACUCUUUUGACCUCCAUAUGUAAUCACCUUACAUUGUAUGUUUUGAUAUGAAUAAUAUGUUGGAUUUGCUCUCAGUUUUUAAGUUUUAAAUGUAUUUGUAUGUUUGUAUAGGUGUUUGGUUGGGUUUAAAAUACUAGGUCUUCCCAGAGACAGGAAGUGGGUGGAGACAAUCAAUGGGAUGGUUUGAAAUGUAACUCGUUAUGGUUUCAUGUUGAAUAACUACUCUCAUUUAAUGCUAUUAUAGAAACUAUGCUUUUAUUUCUUGUGGUAAGAAAGCCAUACUACAGUAUAUUGAUUCACCAAUUUGUGAUUUAUUUCCACAAAGGACUGGUAACAUGAAUGUUACUGUUUUUUUUACCCAUUUUUACUUUUGUUUAGCCUAUACAAUCAGACAUGGUAGUUAUCUUUAUCAUAACAUAAUUGUAACUAACUGUUCCCAUCAUUAAGCAGGGUGUCUGUUAAAUGUUAAAACAAAAGUAGUAAAACAUCUUAAUCUUCAAUUGAACGACUGCUGUGCAUACUGGUGGUAGACUUAUUCUCAUAUGACAAUAUGACACCCAAACCUUUAAUACAUGCUCAGUAAGGGUUUUUUCACUGUAAAAGUAGGAAAGAUGUAAGUGUAUUUUCAGUGUUUCAUUUUGCUCGUUUUUUAAUUUCACUUUACCUUUCUUCAAGUUUCUGCCUUAUGAAUGGAUGUUUUUUGUAAUAAAACAGAAUUUUCUUUCA